CACAGAAUUACCUUUUGGAGCCGAGGCCUCAAGUUUUACCUUGGUUCUUUCUCCCCUUCAAGCGCAGGAUUAGACUUCUUUGCGACAAAGACACCACAGUCCCUUUUCAGACACAAAAAUCCAUUCCAUUCGCAAUGGCUCCUCAGGCAAAGAAGUCGGGCAAGGCCCAGAAGCAGACCAAGAAGUACAUCAUCGAUGCUUCUCAGCCUGCCAGCGACAAGAUCUUCGACGUCUCCGCUUUCGAGAAGUUCCUUCAGGACCGUAUCAAGGUCGAGGGUCGCACCAACAACCUUGGUGACAACGUUGUUGUCAAGCAGUCCGGUGAGGGCAAGAUCGAGAUCACCGCCCACAACGAGCUCUCUGGUCGCUACCUCAAGUACCUGACCAAGAAGUUCCUCAAGAAGCAGCAGCUCCGUGACUGGCUCCGCGUCGUCUCUACCUCCCGAGGUGUCUACGAGCUCAAGUUCUUCAACGUCGUUAACGACGAGGCUGACGAGGACGACGAGUAAACGAAUCAAUUUGCAUUGCAUCGGCGCAGGAAUGGAUUGGUGAAUUGGGACAGGGGAUAACAAAAAGUUUCAAGGACUCGGCCAAUAGACCCAGCCAUUUUAUGUGGCACUCUUUGUGGUGUUCA